CCUGAAAUAGCUUGCAUAAGCCUGGUAUGAAUCCAAAAGAAAUGGCGUUUCCUAGUGUAGUUUUAAUGUCAAAAAAGCCCUGACUUGAGCUAUCCAAGAAACACACUCUCUCUCUCCAAUCCAACACUAUCCCAUCCUUACCCUCUUCUUCAACGAUGAGAUGCUUCUCUUGAAAGUUGAGACAAAGAACCAACAAAACACGCCCUAGAAUAAAUUUCAAGGAAAAAGCUUGGAAGUUUGAAGAGAAAGAAAGAGAAAAGCCCAAAAUGAAGGUCAAGAAGAAAGGCAGAGUUUACCCUUCUGUAUCUUCACUUCCACCUUCCUCACCAGCUUCAUACUGAGAUCCUAACUCUGUGUUUAAGCUUGUCCCUGUAUCAAUUCUAGCUCUAGCCUCAGCUCUCCCACCCCAAGACCGAGAAGUCUUGGCUUACAUGAUAAUAAGGUCCAUCAUUUCCACCUCUAAUCCAUCUACCCUCACCGUUCAACCUAAGAACAAGUGCAAGAAAGGCAAAGUCCCUCUUUUUCAAUGUGGGUGCUUCGAUUGUUGCACCAGGUUUUUGCACAGAUGGGAUUCUUCACCCAACAGGGACCUCAUUCAUCAAGUUAUUGAGGCCUUUGACGACCAUUUGAUGCAAAAUGAGGCUUCCAAGAAACACUUUAAAGACGCCAGCAGGAAGAAAGAUAAGGUAAUACUGAGCAUUGGCGAAUCCAAUGGAGUAUCUGUUAAUCCAUUGCAAAGAGAGCAGUCCCAAGAUAGUGAAAUAUCGAUGGUUGAAAGUGAGCGCUUGGUGGAGGCUGAAAAUAGGGGUGGCUGUGAACAAGAAGAAGAAGAUAGUGUGGGUGACGAAGUGACAGGAAACCUGGAAGUGGAGGUGGUGGCUGUAGCAACUGGUGUUAGCCACAAGGGUUUGGCCAGGAAGGUUUUACCAGACGUGGUGGGGUUCUUCAACUCUCGAUUGCGGAGCCUGUGGGGUCAGAGUAUCUAGGAGGUUUGCUCACCUUAGACGGUAUCCUUUGCCUUUGGCAAAUGCGUGAACAGGAGAGUCCGAGGCCCCCAAACUGGCUACUUGUUCGACAGACAAUUAGACAUCGAUGAUGGUUUACAAAUUACAAGUUCGGAAUACUUGUUCCUCAGGAGACUAUGACUUGAAUCAUAUGAAGCUCCUUGACCAGGAGAACAACAGACGCACCAAUGACUAUCAGACGUACAGACUUCAAUUUCCACCUGAAACCUGUAGCUGUAAAUUUUGCUCCAAAUCAUUUGGAAUGAACCUUAACCUGUUGACAGUUGUCCAAUGCAAGAAUUCAGGACUCUGCAGCAAUGCUGCAUUGAAACUCGCAGAGCAGUUCAAGAGAAAGUACAUACGGUUCAUUUCUUGUUACUUUAACAAGCUUUGGUGCUGCCAUGGACAUGGUUACCUUAAUUGAAUUCUGGCAGGAGCUCAACUCCAUAACUGCAACUUGUGCUUUGUUUGGAUGGUCGAUGGAAAUGGAUUCUCAUUUCCUCAUCAUGUUGAUGAUGUCAUUUUGAAACUGAAUCUCUUGAAUGCUGAUCAAGUCAUCACAUCAAUGAUGCCAUCUUAGGGAGUUUUUUCCGACGUUAGGAUAUUUUAAGUUCUUUAUUCUUUAAUAGGAGUAAUUUUAAACUUAUUUACCUAAGGUACUCUAAGCCACAUCAUCAACUCUUUCCUUCAAGCCUUUUCUUUCUCUUUCUAUCUGCUGUGUUUUUGUCAAAAUUCUCAUGAAGAAAAAGGAUUGAAGAAACCCAUGAUGUAAUGGAUUGAACUGAGGGAUAAGGUUGAUGUUUUCUUCUCAGGAGAUUUAUCAAAUAAUGGAGAUUUACGAGAUAUUAUAUAUCUUAGGUAUUCCCUUUUCCUGUUUCAAAUGAUAUCUAAAUAUUUGUUGAAAAUUCUUGUUUAUUAAAACUCAGAUCCAAGAACUCAAGUGUCCAUUAAGCAAUAUAGGAGAUAAACCUUCAAAACUCCCCUAGUUCUUCUAAAAAAAUUGAAGUUAAAAAGGUCAGGCACAUUUGGACCUUCACCAUGCAAAUAGCAACUUUGAGUUCUUCCAUAGAAAAGAGAAUCUCCAAACCACCAUCUUCAUGCACAGAUAACAGUCUGAAUUUCAAGUUAGUUACCACCUACUUAUGCCACCAAUCAGCAGUAAAAUGUUCCUUGAAGAAAUCGAAAACCAAUGCCUUAACAGUUCUAUGCUCUGAGAUCUCCACACCAUUAUCAACAAGCCCCAGGAUGACACUUCUUGCUCUAACUCUGACAUUACUAAUAAAUAGUUAGUAUUUUUAGCCUUUCAUUCAGCCACAAAACUCAACUUCUGCUUCCAAAUCAAUUCCCUAAUUUUCUAAUUGA